AUGGAGCCACCUCCUCCUCCGGAUCACCACUUUGCUCCAGUCAAUCCCGACCUACACAUAUUGGAUGAAGCCUUUGACAUCCUCCACGACGAACCGGUACGUUACGAAGAGCGAAGACCCACGGUCCAGCAGCGCAUGCCCGACAUGCAAAUACACGAUGAUGUGCCAGAAGUGCGGCCACAUAAGGAGCGUACGAAAUCCGGCGAGGUUCUUCCUGACUAUGUCUACUAUCGAUUGAGGAGAAAUGGAGACAAUUGGGAUUCGGCUGCCAAGUCUCGAAUCAUUGCUCCCAUCGAAGACAUUGAAAAGACUGUGCGAAAGGGGAAAGGCGGAGACGCUCCGAUCCUAGAGCAGAUGAAGCGAAUGUCGGAUACACGACGAGAGAUGAUCGGAGAGCUUGUGCAUGGCGUGAACAAGAACGAGACUGGAGGUUAUCGAUUUGAAGUUGCGUAUAUUACGGCGAAGAGGAUUCGGAAGCGCAGCGGCAAGGUUGAAGUGCCUGAAAUGGACGUCAUACUGACACGAACCAAAGUCAAACCUAAGACCAAGAGUAAGAGUAAAGAUGUCGGGGAGGAGAUUAUCCUCAAAGAUACCAAGAAAUCGGGCGAGAAAGAGAAAGAGAAGACACAUGAUGAAGACGGUCAUUUCCACUCCCGGAAGGACUCUGUAUUGGAACCGCUCAAGGACCCCAUCGCCAACAUGUUGUUGUUCGACCCCGAUGGACGCCCCAGAGAUGAAUUUGGUCCGAUCAAUUUCACCAGCGCGGGGCUGCCACCUCAGAUUCCCCAAGAGAGGCCACUGGGUGUCAAACCCGAGGCCAAGAAGGAGGAGAAGAAGCGUGGCAAGAGUCGCAAACGCAGCAAGUCGAGAGGUCCGCGGCACGGCGAAGACGAUAUCAUGAUGGUCGGUGAACUCGAGGAAUUCCAUGAUGGCGCAGACGCGCCUCCUGUCGGCAGCCUCUUUGCCGAAGCCAACGCUGACAGGCGAGGCCGACGGGGUAAAUCGCCUCACCCUACUGAACAUCCUGAAGUCGUGGGCGGCGAACCUCGAAGGUCGCAUUCUCGCCGCCGUCCGGCAACCGAGAGUCGUCAUCAUUCCCGCGACAAAUCCCGAUCUCGCCCAAGCUCCGUCUACAUUCCUAACCAGCAUACCAGACAAUACUUCCACGAGGACAGCGCGUCUUCACACGACAGCGACUCCAGCCGUUAUAGCGUUGUCGAAUACGCCGAGAGCUCGGCAACCUCUCUCACGUCCGGCGGACUGCCUCGGCGUGGUAGCCUUGUGCGCCAUGAACCUCGCCCGGAGCAAGUGUACAAGACGCACCGUCGUGGCCCCACCAGAAGUGCUUCGUACGUGGACAAGACCUAUCGCGGAGAAGAAAGAGUUGUCAUUCCGUCCCGCUCGCGCAGAGACUCGUUCGUGGCCUAUGAACGUCCACCGGGGGAGAUUCGCUUCGAGCGGCCCACACCCCGACUCGUCAGACAGAUGACGGUGCCAAUUCCAGAGGAGAGGCAGGUCCUGUAUCACCAGGACGUUGUGCCGAUACGCCGCGCCACCGAAGCUCCCGUGAUCCGGUACGUCCGUGACGCGGUGCCUCCUGUCGCAGGGUAUCCCGAAGAAGAACGCGACGUCUUUUACCGUGAGGACUUGGAAAGGCGAUCAUCCCGAGUGGAAGAUUAUCAACGCGAGAGGGUGCGAGAGGAGUACUACAAGCAGCGAGAGCAGGAACUGGAUUCUCGACAACACGACCUGGAAAUUGCCGAGGCGGACAUGAGGAGACUCAGAAUGCAGGAACGCGAGUACCAUGACGACAGAGAGAGGCGUGAACGUGAACGGAGACAAUCCAAGCCUCUCUACUAUGAUGAAGAGACGGGAAGGUAUUUCUACUACGAGUGA